AUGUUGGACUCAGUCACUCACAGCACCUUUCUGCCAAACACAAUGAUCUGCGAGCCCCUGAUGUCUUGGACAGAAUUGUUUGGGACAACUGAGGACUAUUAUCCCACCUUUGAUCAUCAGACAGUUGGCGAUUCUUGCUGGACAUCUAUUCACCCGGAAUACUGGAGUAAACACAACGUCUGUGAGUGGCUGCAGUUUUGCUGUGACCAAUACAAGCUAGACGCCAACUGCAUCUCCUUUUCCCACUUUAAUAUUAAUGGCUUGCAGCUAUGCAGCAUGACCCAGGAGGAGUUCACAGAUGCUGCCGGCGUUUGUGGCGAAUACCUUUAUUUCAUCUUACAGAACAUCAAGAUACAUGGCAUUUCCUUUUUUACUGACACCGAAGAAACCAAGCCAACUAUCAAAGAUUACAAUGAUAAGGCAUGCCUGAGAACAGGGGGCUCAAAGAGUCAAGAAUGUCACAGCCACGGGAGAACAAGCCUGCAGAGUUCUCACUUGUGGGAAUUUGUAAGAGACCUCCUCCUGUCUCCAGAAGAAAACUGUGGCAUUCUCGAUUGGGAGGAUAGAGAACAAGGCAUCUUUCGGGUUGUUAAGUCAGAAGCCCUGGCAAAGAUGUGGGGACAAAGAAAGCGAAAUGACAGAAUGACAUAUGAAAAGCUGAGCAGAGCUCUCCGGUAUUAUUAUAAAACUGGAAUUUUGGAACGCAUAGACAGAAGGCUAGUGUACAAGUUUGGAAAGAACGCCCAUGGGUGGCAGGAGAACAAGCUAUGAACUAACUGUCCCAUGCCUCAGACUGAUUAUGCACUCUGCAACAUGAAGUGUCUGACUGCAACAGACAUUUGAGAGAAGGAUUUUUUCUCCUGCUUCUCUCCUCUACGGCAGUCUGGAGUUGACAACUGUUUCUGAGAGACUGGCCAGAGCAACACAUGACAGCACAUGAAUGGGGUGGCUCUUCCCCACUAUAUACUUUGUGACCAGCAUUAGCUUGUGCUUAGCUCUUAUGAAAAUAACACCUGUGAUGCAGCUCAAGGUUUUGUUAAGAUGAAUUGUUUUUAUCUGUGGCACCUCUUCCUGUGCCAAGAAGGGCUAUCUUUU